UUCUCUGGGCGCUCCAGGACCUGAGAGGGCCGCCGCCCAGCAGUAGACGUCGUCUCCGCCAGCCGUCCCGCAGUCCCCGCGGUGUUUGAGUGAGCCCGGGCCCGGUCGCUUCUCCCGCCGCCGCCAUGGGCUGCACGUUGAGCGCCGAAGACAAGGCGGCGGUGGAGCGGAGUAAGAUGAUCGACCGCAACUUGCGCGAGGACGGGGAGAAAGCGGCUAAAGAAGUGAAGCUGCUGCUCCUCGGUGCUGGGGAAUCUGGCAAAAGCACCAUUGUGAAACAGAUGAAAAUCAUUCACGAGGACGGCUACUCGGAGGAGGAAUGUAAACAGUAUAAAGUCGUUGUCUACAGCAACACCAUACAGUCCAUCAUUGCCAUCAUAAGAGCCAUGGGGCGGCUGAAGAUUGACUUUGGGGAAGCUUCCAGAGCAGAUGAUGCCCGACAGCUGUUUGUCUUAGCUGGCAGUGCCGAAGAGGGGGUCAUGACCCCCGAACUCGCAGGUGUGAUUAAACGGCUGUGGCGAGACGGCGGGGUGCAGGCUUGCUUCUGCAGAUCCAGGGAAUAUCAGCUCAAUGAUUCUGCCUCAUAUUACCUCAAUGACUUGGACAGAAUAUCCCAAACCAACUACAUUCCGACCCAACAAGAUGUCCUGCGGACAAGAGUGAAGACCACGGGCAUCGUGGAAACGCACUUCACCUUCAAAGACCUGUACUUCAAGAUGUUUGAUGUCGGUGGCCAAAGGUCAGAACGAAAAAAGUGGAUCCACUGUUUUGAGGGAGUGACAGCAAUUAUCUUCUGUGUGGCCCUCAGCGAUUAUGACCUCGUUCUGGCUGAGGAUGAGGAGAUGAACCGAAUGCAUGAAAGCAUGAAACUGUUUGACAGCAUUUGUAACAACAAAUGGUUUACAGACACUUCAAUCAUCCUCUUCCUCAACAAGAAAGAUCUUUUUGAGGAAAAAAUUAAGAGGAGCCCAUUAACUAUCUGCUACCCAGAGUACACGGGUUCCAACACGUAUGAAGAAGCGGCUGCUUACAUCCAGUGCCAGUUUGAAGAUCUGAACAGGAGAAAAGAUACCAAGGAGAUCUACACCCACUUCACCUGUGCCACCGACACCAAAAACGUGCAGUUCGUGUUCGACGCCGUCACGGACGUCAUCAUUAAGAACAACCUGAAGGAGUGCGGCCUGUACUGAAGCGUGUGCAGGCGAAGGAGAGUUGCCGCGGUGUGGAGCGCUGAGACCAGACUUCUCUUGCUGUCUCUCUGGGCAGCGGCAAGCACGACCGGGACCAGCGAUGGUGGCAGCCUGCGGAUCUUAGCCCUCUUUAGCACAACCUCUGUACUAGGGAACUCUCAUUGACACGAGAUGCUAGAAUCAGACAUGGGAAUUGGAGCAACUGUAAAGUAUGAAUCAAGACUCACUCGGAUUCCGUAAUCUCAGAUGUUUAGGGCAGGUGUGAAAUUGAGGUGCUGCAUCCCAGAACUUCAGUACGUAGCUUACUCUUUUUUGUUUUUACUUCUUCACAGACCAUCAGCAGCUCUUUAAAAAACAAUUUUUCCCACAAAUAACUUUACUAAAUUUUAUUUCUUUGUUUACAAAAGAAUCUUUAUUAAAACACAGAGUCUUAACUAUGCACAUGAUACGAGCAGAUCUUCUUAAAAGCAUUCCUCUCCGUAGGACCCGUUGUUUUUACUCUUGGUGUGGUUGCAAUGGAAUAUUUCCGUAAUAAUCUGAUUCUUCAGUUACGGGGCUGGAAUUACAGCUUUUUGGAUGCAAUAUUUGUUACUCUCCUGUUGAAAGUACCAUUAUGGUUUCUAAAUGGUAAUUACAUUGGAGAGUUCUGUAAUAAGAUUCUAGCUCUCUUUUUUUUUUAAGCUUAGGGUUGAAGGUUAACCUGAUUUACCAAAUUACUAGGUAAAUACUUCUGUGGUAUGAUAAAGUCAACUUCUUGGAUUCAGACACACCCAGGGCAGCUGCCAGCCAGAAAUGCAAAUUGCUAAAUUUCAAACAGAACCAGUGACUUUGAUGCUACAUCUCUGCUAAAUCGACAGCUUUGAUUCUUGCUCGUUUGUCUCGGUCACAGGGAAUUUUGUAAAAGAUGCCCUUUGUUUUUCAUCUUCCACGGCCUCUUCUGUUGUGGGCAACAUCUGACGUGUAUUAGCAGUGCAUGCUUUUCCUUUGUAAAUGUGGUGCCAAAUCCCCGUUUGCCAUUGUUUUUAUUGUAGCAGUGUUAAUUAUAGUAAUCCUUAGUACCUCCUUUUGCCGAAACUAUUGCAUUUUGGGACCUUCUUCCCCUUUGUCGUGUGUGCAGAUUUUAAUCUGUCGUAGUUGGCAGCAGUAUUAAAAUGGUGAGUAAAGAGUCCAGGUUUGUCCCUGUUUGUAACUAGUCCUUUCUGGGAAUAUUUUCUUGUGUUUCUUUGUGCCCCUGCUGAGUGUGCUUUGGCCUUUGUCUGAGAGCGGGUUCAGGUGGAAAGGUCCCCUGAGGCGAUAGUGAUGCUGCUUCUCGGCGGUCUGCGGCCGUAGGUCCUGUCUGUGUAGGUGAUCUGCUCAGAAGCGCUCUCCGGGCUCCCGUUCUGGCUGUGCGGAGCCCCGGUCACCCCAGCCCGUGGUGUGGUCCGUGCGAGGCACGGCGCCUGUCGGUGCCCAGCGUGUGGGCGCGGGAGUCAGGCGAGGGGGUGCAUGCAGGGCAUUCCGUGUUUGCAGUUGGAGCAGUGCCUUCCGGGGUCCGGUCUUCCAGGGCUGGAUUUGGUUUCAUCUUGGACGUGACCCUUCACUCGUUCGAACGAAAAGAGAGGUGUGGUGGUCAUCGCAUCUGGUUCAGAGAGUCAGCCGCAGGAGUGCAGUACCUUUAUUGGUAGUUUCUGGGUUUUUUUGUUUUUUUUUUCUCUCUCUUACUCUUUUUGGAAAAGUAUAUGCAGAUGGUGAACUGUGUUAGCUAACAAAUUUUUUUUAGGGUUGGGAAAACUGGAUCUAAAAGAAAGAAAAUGAUCGGCUUCAACUGGCGACUGACUUAGGCCCACAAUGUAAAUAGGGUUGAUAGUUCUUGUUUGUUCUGAGUUUGUCUUUUCCUUACUGUGCUUUGUAAAUAGAAUCAUCCGGUUAUGAGAACUGCUCCAGCAUUGCCUUAACUGGAGUCUUUCCGUAGUCUGGACUAAUGGGAUGGUGCUGUUGAUAACCCAGAAUAACAGAUCAUCAAAACAUUAAUGUUAUUUUAAAAUGCAUUUUGUUUUCUCAUUUGAAUACGUCUGUUUGUUCAUUUUUAGCCCUUCGUUAGUGAAAGAUAGUAGUUCCCCACUUCUUGGUCUCUACAACAGUCACACUUGUUCUUUAUUUACGUGAAGACCAUCCCUUACCCACCAUCCCAAAUCACUUACCUAUAUGUCCAUUCCUCGUGAACACAGGGCACAGUGUGAGUCAGUGGUUUUCAAAUAUGCCUUAAGUCAAAAUCUCCCGAUCCAACUCAGAGACUGACUCGUGGCCAGCGGGCUAGCAAUCUGUAACUUUCAAAAGGUUGUUCUGAUCAGCAGCCUUGCUAAUCACUAUCACAUUUUGAAAUGAAAAAUUUUUUCUUAGAGCAGAGCUAGAAUAUGGGUGUGAGACGUCAUAUCUACUAGGAUGGAGAAAAAGGAUUGAUCAUUGUGAUCAAAGAAACUGAAGGUCGCCUGGGGUCCUGUCUGUGAAGAAUGCUGGAGGUUUGUGAUGGGUCGUGUUUCAGAAUUCAGGUGGCCAGGCUUUGGACCACCCAAGAAAUCACCACACGUGAGAGCGUUAGAUUUUAGUGAAUGACGGCCAGUCUGUAGGGGCCCCGGCAGGAAGGCCCGCAGGCCGUGCCGCUGACAGCGAGUCUCCCCCGCCCGGCCGCCCCAGGCUCUCAGCCUCGCGACAGGGCUCACCUCCCGGCGUGCACAUUCCAGAAACUUCUGCCGUUGUGCGUACGUGGAUCUUGAGAUGACAUUUUCCUCUUAGACUGUUAGAUUUCUAAGUCUAGUUCAGUGUAUCACUUCUUUAUUUGCUGAUGGAUUGUGUUUUUCACAAUGUGCUGCAUUCUGAGAAUAGAUGGACCAAAAUUGUAAAAAC